AUGUCGCUCUCGAUUAUGGUUUCGAUAUGGGGAAAAUGGAAUGAGACUCCCAUAUCACAAAACUUAACCUCAGUGCGUCCGCAAGUCAGCGCUGAAGGCUAUCGAGCCCGUAACGAAGUCGCGAAAGCCUGCAGAGCAGCCGCCGAAGGACCGAACACCUACACCGCACCGACUGUCUACACCCAGGCACGACCUUCUUCAUCUCCGCGCAUCAUGCUGACCACCGCGCAGAUCGUGCGCAAUUCCAGCACACAGACCGUCAACACCAAGGUAAGAGAAUCAGAACAAGUAGCGACGAUAACACAACUAGACAGUCUGGAUUUCCUCCCGGUGUCUCAGUUAACGGCCAACCUCCAUAUUUCCUCCCGGCUGCCAACAUCACGCCGUCGCGGCAACAGACCAUCACUUCCUGCGAGCUCAGCAGCUCACCAGCUUGUGGAGGACGUCCAAUACGAGGGACCAGGACAAUACAGUGGCGGCGGAAACACGUGA